AUGUACUUCAAACACUGGUACUCUUGUCUCUUCGUCAUCAAGUCCGUGAACAAACACCAGAGAGAUAGAAUUAGAAUUCCAUUCACAUACGUUGCACAUCUCGAAGAUCAAGUUCUUGUUCUUCUCUUUCUUGCGAAAAUGAAGCUUCUCUCGACAAUCCUCAUUGCAUUUGGAGCAGCGAUUCACGGAUCAUGGGGGCUGCGAUUCGUACUUUUAUCUUAUACUUGUUAACAUUUGAAAAUGGAGGUUAUAAACUAAAUUUAAGAGGAGCUAGCUUAAAGGUGCUUUUCUUACCGCUUUUUAUGCCUCUCCUAAGGGAGAAAGGCAUAACAAGCGGGGCAAGCGAGCACCAAAAACCUACCUCUAGUAAAUACUUGGCAAUAAAAAUCAUAACUACCCACAAAGACUAAGACAUUUAUCAGACUAUGUGCUAUUAACCUCCCAGCACAUGAUUCCUGUAAUCCCAAUACAACCCGAACCCCACCCAAACAACAGACCAUGGAUUGCUGUGGCACUUCGGGACAUACGGGUGCGGUUGAGACUGCGGAUGGCGGCAGCGGCACCAAGGAGGUCGUGCUCGUGACCGACGCGGCGUCUGAGGAAGAGGAUACCAUCAAUCCAGCACCAGAGGAAAAGGAGUUAUGGAGGCAGCUAAAAGUGGAUUUGAUUUCGGAUACAGGAUACAACUAGAGGAGAAUAAUUAAUACUUGAAGUAUUAAUACUAAGUACAAUUUUUCUAAACAGAGGAGAACCGGAAUCCAAAGAGGAGGAGACGGAAGGCAGCAAGGCUUCAGAUGCAGAGGGCACUGAGGAAACGCCGAAGACCCCAGCUGAAAACUAUGGAAAUCGCAUAUAGAGAUUGACCAAGCUCCAUUGAUUCUCUCAUGAUGUGGUUUUGUUAGUCUUGUUGUUCGUUGUACUUCACGUGUAUUGAUUAGAAUAAGCCAUGACGCACGACAGGCGACCUGUUCUAUAAUUUUUGUGCUUGUUCUACUGAGAAAUGCAUUUUCUAAUCUGUGACGCCAGCAGGCGACGAAGGGGAAGGUGCCAAACCGUCGGAAGGAGCAGCGGCAUCAGGGGAUGAG